ACAUUUGUUUUUGAAAAUAUGAAAUAGCCCACAAUGACAUUUUACUUCUUUUCUCAUGACUUUCAUCUUAAUAUGAAGAUUGGAAUCAUUUGUCACCCUCUGCAGGUCCAUCACUGGUCUUCUCUAUGUUAAUUAUUUAGGAUGGGGUUGACUAAACAAUACCUACGCUUUGUACAGAGUGCUGUAUUUGGAGUAGUUGGAACAACCAAAGCUAAUGUGGUGUUCACCAAAGAUCAUCAGUUUGUUGCAGUAUCUGCUGUAGAACAUGUUAUCAUCUGGAGCUUAAAGAGAGCAGAGAAGGUACUAUUACUUGAAGGCAGCAAACAUGAGGUCACUUGUCUUGCUCAGACAGAUGCUCGUCCAAUCAUUGCUGUUGGUUAUUCAGAUGGUUCUAUUAAGCUCUUUGAUAGUAAUAAUGGAGAUAUGAUUGUUACAUUUAAUGGUCAUAAGACAGCUGUAUCUACAAUGCAUUUUGAUGAACAUGCUCUUCGCCUUGCUUCUGGCUCAAAGGACACUGAUGUAAUCAUAUGGGAUGUUGUUAAUGAGAGUGGUCUGUAUAGAUUAAAAGGUCAUCGUGGUAUGGUGACCAGGGUUAACUUCAUGGCACAUCACAAUAUAGUCAUCUCAAGUUCCAAGGAUACAUUUGUGAAGUUCUGGGAUUUAGACACACAGCAUUGCUUCAAGACACUGGUUGGACACAGAAGUGAGGUAUGGGACUUUGCUCUGCUCCCUGAUGAUAAAGGACUAGUGACUGGAACAUCUGGGAGCGAUCUUCAAGUAUGGGAUAUCACCUUCCAAGAUGAGCUAGAAGGUGAUGAUGGAGAGAACAAAGGACCAUCUCCUGCCAAGAGACAAAGAAGGACAAUGAAUGAAGAUGAUGAUGAUGAGGAGGAUGAUGAUGAUGAUGAAGAAGGUGAUGAUAAUAGUAUAUUAACCUGUACCAAAGCUGGAACCAUCCUAAGGAAGGGAAGUGAUAGAGUAGUAUCCUUACACAUUGAUUCCACAGGAAGAAUACUGGGAUGCCAUGGUCCAAGCCCCAAUCUUGAGCUUUUCAAAGUUUGUAAUGCUCAGGAGCAGAAGAAGAAACUACUCAAGAAGCAGAAGAGAGAAAGAAAACGAUCAAGAGGUGAAGAUGGUGAUGAAGUAGAUGUAUCUAACGUCAAGCUGACAGCGGAAGAUAAGAUUCAACCUAUUACAAAUAUCAAAGCUUCGGCAAAACUCAGAUCCUUCCAUUCUCACAUGGAUAGAAAUGGAGAAGUGCAUCUGGUAACCCUUUUGCAGAACAACACCCUAGAAGCAUACAACGUGGAUCUUACAGCUGAUAAACCUGUUGGGAAUAAAGAACAUGUUAUCAGUCUUGCUGGCCAUCGUCAUGAUGUCAGGACUCUAUCAAUAAGCUCUGAUAAUACAGCUUUGCUUUCUGCAGGAGGGAAUGCUGUCAAAAUAUGGAACAGAUCCAACCAGCAGUGUAUCCGAACCAUGAAGUGUGGUCAUGUAUUAUCAUCUAUCUUUGCUCCAGGAAACAGGCAUUGCAUUGUGGGUAAUAAGGCAGGUCAACUUGAAAUGUUUGAUAUUGCGUCUGGUUCAUUGAUGGAAUCAUUCGAGGCACACGAGGGUGCUGUUUGGUCUAUCUGUUUAUCACCUGAUAAGAGGGGCUUUGUGACAGGAAGUGCUGAUAAGACUUUGAAGUUCUGGGAAUUUGAACUUGUAAGCUCAGAGAAUGAUGAAGGCAGAACUGUACGUGAAUUGAGCAUUGUUCACACCAGGACAUUAAAGAUGUCUGAUGAUGUGUUAUGUGUGAAGUACUCUCCUGAUGGUAGACUAGUAGCUGCAUCACUCCUAGAUAGCACUGUCAAAGUUUUCUUUGCAGACACACUCAAGUUCUUUCUGUCUUUGUAUGGACACAAACUACCAGUGCUCAACAUGGAUAUCUCUUCAGAUAGUACAUUGCUGGUAACUGGGUCAGCAGAUCGGAAUGUGAAGCUAUGGGGUCUAGACUUUGGUGAUUGUCAUAAGUCUAUGUUUGCUCAUGAUGAUAGUGUAAUGUGUAUAGGGUUUCUACCUGAUACUCAUCUGUUCUUCACUGGAGGGAAAGAUGGAAAGAUUAAACAAUGGGAUGGAGAUCACUUUCAACAGAUAACUACAUUAGAGGGUCAUCAUGGGGAGGUUUGGUGUAUGGCUAUCAGUCCUGAUGGUAGCUUUAUGGUGAGUGCAUCACAUGACAAAUCUCUGAGGAUAUGGGAGAAGACUGAGGAGCCUUUGGUAUUAGAAGAAGAACAGGAAAUGGAAAGAGAGAGAAAAUAUGAAGAGAGUCUCAAUAAGGAAGAACAACCGAUCGCAGGUGAACCUACAGGAGGAGAGGUAUCCUUACCAGAGAAGAGAACAACAGAGACAUUGAAAGGAGCAGAGAGAUUGAUGGAAGCUCUUAAUCUUUACCAGGAAGAGACAGCUAAGAUGGAAGAUUAUAAAGACAGGUGUAAGGCAGCAGGAAAAGAGCUUCCACCACCAGACCAGCAUCCUAUUCUCAUGGCGUAUGGAAACCUUUCACCUCUCAGAUAUGUAGGGGAUGUUAUAAAGAAGAUUAAAUCAAGUGAACUAGAAGAGAGCUUAUUAGUAUUACCUCUAGACUAUGUGCUUCAGCUAUUACCUCUGUUAGAGACUCUCAUUCAAGAAUCAAGAGAAGUGGAGCUUGCUUGUAGAUGUCUUCUCUUCCUUCUCAGGAUCCAUCAUGGUCAGAUAACAUCUAAUCACAAAUUGCUACCUAUGAUUGACAGACUGAGAAAGACAACAUUAACAAAGGCUGAUAAACUAAGGGACACCAUAGGAUUCAAUUUAGCUGGUCUUCGUUUCUUGAAGGAUAAGCUAGAAGCUGAGAAUGAAGUUCAACUCUUUGCUGAUGCUACUGCUAAUUACCAGACAAAGAAGAAGAAACAAAAGAAGAGAGCAGAAAGAGCAAUUAUUAAAUUAUGAUGACAUGAACUUUACCUCGUAUGUUUUAAAGGUAAUGAAAAUAAAAAAUUCAGCGGUAGUCAGAGAUAUCCUUUCCAAUGGUAAAUUGCUGAUUGGUCUAAUUGCACUGCAUGUACUUUCUGUUUAGACCUGUCUAGCAUGGCCUCAUCCGAGUUUGUAUACAUCUAGCUUGUUUACAAACCAUAUGACUAUUUUGGCUAAUUGCCAUUUAGCCUAUUCUGCCCCUCCCCUCUGGGUUUUUCCAUGUUGUUCAAUUCCCACCUGACUUAUAUUCCCUUGGUCUUACACCACUGGGUGUUUAUGGUAAGCUGAACUUUUAAUAAUCAAAAUUUCAUUUCACAAAGUAAAAAAAUUAAUAAUAGACAAAAGUCAAAAUUAGACCAACUGGGUAUGAAGGAAAAAGAGAAGGAUAAGUUGGUAUUAGACCUUGGCCGUGUCUUACAAGAGUUGCGAUUGAUCUGAUCAACCUCAACUAUGGAAAGCCAACAAUGCCAACAUCUAAAAUGCAUGUUUGUUCAAAAGGUUUUCUAGAUAUGACGAAUGUUACAUAAAUUCAUUGUUUUCUUUAAAAUGCUGUGUGUUCGCCUUUGUUUACAAAGGACAUUUUGCAAAUUUCAUGUAGAAAAAAUUAUGCCACUGAUGGAUUUCCAGAGUUAUGAUUGAUUGGAUUGAUAGUUACUCUGUAAGUCGGGGUUUAAGUGUAGUAUCGAUCGACUGAAGAACAAGAAGACAAGUGCAUGUCACUAUUGCUGGUUAUUACUAGAUUAUAUGAAUGUGUGCACUUCAAAAUGAUUAUGAUGAGAAGGAUGUAUAAUGAAAAUGUUUAUUGGAUAAAUCUUCAGAUUUUACAUUACAUCUUUGGGGGGAUCUGUUGCCCAAUCAAAAUAAGAUAUUUGCAUAUUUUACAUCUUGUUUAUAUAUUAUAUCCAUCUCAACCAUGGAAUUGGCUAAAAAUGUGUAAAGAAACUGCUCAAAUUGAUUUUUUGAAUAAGAAUUAAAAUAUUACUAAGAUAGUGCACUAGAUGCCAAAUUUAAAUUAUUACAGCUAUAAAAAGGGUCAAAUUUUUAAGGGUUGAAAAAAAAAAGAAUGCCCACUACACUUUUGGAGCAUUGUAAUGAUAGUUAAUACCUGAGUAUAAUUCACAUUCCUGACCAUUCAGUGACAAUUUUGCUUCAAAUUUGGUAAAAUAAGAUCAAAGGGAGAAUAAUGCAACAUCACCAUGAUCAUGCAUAGAACAAGGCUCAUAAACUAAAGAAAACUACAUUCAUUCAAUACCAAACAGUAAAGUUCAAUAUGGUUCAACAAGUUUAAUCUAUAUUAAAUGAUAAUGUGUUAUUCUCAGAAUCAAUACAACAUAAUACUCUAUGCCAUUUACUUUGAUUUGAGAAUCUUACAGACUGAUACAAGCUGCACUCUAGUGGAUUAAGGUUAAUAUAGCUCCAAUCAUUGAAUUAUAAAAGGAAGUCAGAUUACAUUAAUGUAUUGAUCCUUAGGGAAGCCAUUAGUCAGUAGUACAUUGUGAAUAUUCAGUAAAAGGAUACCUUGUCUCGUGAGAAACUGGGCUGAAUGCACUGUGACCUACAUGUAUAUGUAUGGUUGUAGUUCUGUUUAUGUGUAUACCAAUAGAUAUGCAUACACUGUUUAAAGAGAGAGGAUUCAUGAAGCAUAUAAUCAGUGAUUUUAACUUGAAAUACCAGUCAGAUUUAGGGAUGUGAAUAGAUUAUGGCAGUGACUGUGAAUACCUUAGGCACUGAGCCUUUAACCCUUUUCUAACUUGGGGGGGGGGGGUCAAUUUAACCCCCCUCGACAAAUUUUGUUACUACGCCUUCGCGCAAAUUUUUUUGACCGCGCUGCUUACUGACUCUUUACUUUGAUAAAUUUGCGACCCUCCGGGUACGCGGUUCCGAAAUUACACAUUUUGUAAGUCAAAAUUGCUGAAAAACGUGAUUCCUUGUACAAAGUCAAUGCAAAUUGUGUUUUUCAACCAAAAAUCAUAAAUCUAUGAUUAUUUUUACUUUUGCUGGUUUAAUUGGAUUAUUUAUUCUAUUAAUGAUCGCAACAGGGUCCUGACAAAGUUCAUAGAAAAAUAAAAAAUAAAAAACAAAGGUUUGAAAAAACAGAAAUACAUAAAAAUUAAAAAAACAAUAAAAUACAUAAGAAAUUUAUUACCUUUGGGAAAUUCUUUUUUGUCGAGAUUUGUUAGAAAUGUAAAAAUUGAUACUCUCACCAAAUAUUAGCAUUCUACUAGCUAUAUACAGUGAGUUAAAGGCAAAAAUAUACACAGAAAAACAAAUUAAGGGCAAAUUUCACUAUACAGUCUUGCAGUUUACAUCCGGCUCUAUGCGGAUGCAAAUUUUUGUGGCAAUUGAGCAAUCAGUGACCGAGAUCUGGGGGGGGGGGGGUCAAAUUGACCUCCCCCCAGUAUAUCCUGGUCUGGAAUAGCCCAGUUGAAAUAGGGUUAGGGUAAAAAAUUUGCUUCUCUUCAUUCUUAUUUUUCGCAUUGAUCGAAACAGUGGCAAAUAGGGAAACCCACUGUAACAGAUGCAUACCUCCAUGUUCAUGCCAGCUAUGAUCAGCGGGACAUCACUGCAAAUCCCAGUUUUUGUGCCGCAGUUUAGAAGAAGAUACUCUAUAAUCUUGAUAUAUUCCUAUUCAUACAGUAAUUCAGAAUAUAAAUGCAAACUUAUUUACCUUGAAAAUAUUGUAUCAGUCAUCUUAUCACAAUUUAUUUUUAAAAAUCCAGUCACAGCCAGUUGCAAAGUGUGGGGCUGACUUUUGACCCCUUCUUCUGUUACCUUUUUUGCACAUACAUUGAACGCAUUAUGUUUUCAUUUUCUUUAGGAAACAGAAAGCUUUUGGUCAUCUUCUUAGGGACAUAGAAAUCAUGUGUAUUUGAAAAAAAUCCUUGGUAUGAUAUAUACCUUCAUGAUCAUGUUGAUUAUUGAUUUGUAUUAUUUUUCUAUUUUGCCUGCAUAUUACUGGUAUUCAAUCAUAACUUUCUAUGAUGAUGAUUGCAUCAAUUUAAAGUUCUUUUAAACUAUAUCAUGAAUCAGAUAGGUAUCAAGCAUUAAAAUAAUGAUUGUAAAGAAGCCCUGAAACUUCAGGAUUUCUACCAUUUUCAUUGUAAUGGUAUUUUGAUUAUCAUUAGCUGUGAUUUUAGAUAUGGAUUAUCAACAUUAGUUACGUGACUUUGUAUACAUGUACAUGUUGUCUGAAUAUCACUUAUUGAAAAUAUUUCUUGAAAAAAAAAUCAUAGCAAGGUACAUCUGUAAUUCAAACCAAAUAUUGUCCAUUGUUUCUGCAGUGAUAUCAUGUCCCCUGUUCAUGUCCCUUCGUCUGUUAGAUCCAUUUUAACACCCCCCCCUUUCUCUUCUGAAACACAAUUUUUUUUUACAAUGAUUUUAAUACUAAAUGAAAAGUUUACGUAGUGUGAGUUAUUCCUGGAUUGAAGAUUCCAAACAUCACCCUUUGAUGUUUCGUACAGUACAUGUUAAAAUGUAACAUUCAUUGUUAUCAGGGUUGAAUGUGUAUUCUAUUACAUAUGAGAUACCUGUUUAUAUUUCAUUCUAAAGAGUGGGAUAAAUCUCAAUCUGUGGAAAUGAUUAAACCAAUUGAAAAUAGUGAUAUUCCAGUACUUCCAUGUUUUCAUCUGAAUAAACAAGAAAUAUUAGA